UUUGUUGUUGUUUUAUCUUUUUUUGUAAUUUUCUUAAUACUUUUUUUCUAAUUUCUGGCUUUUUUUGACAUCCCGGUGUUGGUUACAGCAUCUCUGAUUGUAAACAACACAUGCAGAAGGAUACCUAGAGCAUAAUAUAUAGACAUGGAAGCGGCGAUAUGUGACGACUUGGGAUGAGAGGGACCAACACGUUCUCAUCCCAACUCGUCACAUGUUGCAACUCUCAGUGGACUUCCACUCUACAUUUUGCGAAUUAGGUAUCCAUCUGCAUCUGUUGUUUACACCCCGGGAUUUCACUAAUGUGAUUUCAACAGCUGAACAUGGUGGGAUGACUUGGCACGUGGUUGUUUUUAGGCAACGGCAGCAUGUAUGGUUAGGUUUAGGGGAAGGAUGCACAUGGCGAGGUGUAGGAAAAACCCAUCGUAUUCAAAUGGGGAGCAAACACCAGACUCCCGCGUCAAAGUCCGGGUUUGCAGGAUCCCUCCGCCCUCUCUUCCGCCCACCCUUGUGCUCCUCACAUUAAAUCGUUACUAGCAGCUUUACAAACUGAUGCCAUCGUUAAGCGUUUAAUGCAGACGUGACAGGCUCUGUCUGGCCAUCCCCGUAUAAUAGCACUGUGUGAGGUUCUCAACUGACGCUGUCCCAUAGCAUAUCAUGCGGGCACCAAAGGUGACUUUUUGCUUCAGGAUCUUAUGCCGAAAUUACUGACAAAGUUCAUGGUAUUUGACUUGAAUGACAACAGGCUGGAGAGACAUGAAUCAAGAGAAGAAGGGCAGGGGGCCCACAGAAACUGCUUCUGCAUAGGGCUCAGAGUUUGGUGCUAUGGCCCUGUGUGUCCCCAAUGUUGAAUAAAAAUCCUCACCCUUGAAGAUUAGGGAAAUCUGUCAAGGCUCUUCUCAUAUCUGUGUUGCUGAUAUGGAGUGAGAGGUGGAGGCAACGUGAGGACAUGGUCCACAAAAGGACUAUUUUAUUGAGAAAAAUUGGGGUGGAGCAAUCCCUUCAGGGGCAAUAUUUUCAGUUUUAUUACUGAGAUACAGAGAAAUUAUGCUAAGGUCUUUACUUGGCUUGAAACACUAAAAGAUAAACAGCUCUUGAAAUAGAGUCGACAGACCCACAUGUUUUGGUGAAGUAUCUGUUCAACUGACACUCCUCAUCACUGUGCUGUUCCAGGUCCUCACUGUUGGAUAUCAACUGCGGGACAAGCGGAGGAGAGAGUGAAGGGGAAGUCAGGAGGGAAGUGAGAGCGGGUGAGUUUGGUGCAGACAGCUGUGCAUUAGCAGGUAAACUGGGGUCCAAGGUGCGCGCUGAGCCGCCUAUGAUACCAACAACACGGAUGGAAAGAACUUUAAUGUGGAACCCUCACAGAGUUUUACAAAGGAGGCUGAGAGUAGAGACAGACUGGCAGUUCAUAUUAUAACUUGAAAGAGCCCAGAGGGACAGAUCAGACACCGAUUCUCUGUGCGUCACCUUAGGGACAAACAGCACCAGGGACCCAACAGGUAGAGCUGAGCACUUAGGAACAGACGUUGCAUCCUCUGCACACCUGGAGGCUUGUGUGUGUGUGUGUGUGUGGGAAGAUGUCCAGAGAGGAGCAGAGCUUGUCGGAGGUUGAGCUCAGUCCGGGGAUGUCGGAUGACAGUCGCUCCCUGUCACCGGGUCACUCCUCCGGUGCAGCUGGUGGAGGGGACUCGCCUCUACCUGGUCAGCCGCAGCUGGUGGGUCUGGAGGACUCGACCGCAGGCUGCUCCUCCAUCAAAUCCGACGAUGAGGAUGAACGCUUCCCGGCAGGAAUCCGUGACGCAGUGAGCCAGGUGCUCAACUGCUACGACUGGACCCUCGUGCCCAUGCCUGUGCGCGUCAACACCGGAAGCAAGAAUAAGCCGCACGUGAAGAGGCCCAUGAAUGCCUUCAUGGUGUGGGCGCAGGCGGCGCGGAGGAAACUGGCUGAUCAACACCCACACCUGCACAAUGCGGAGCUCAGCAAGACCCUGGGGAAGCUCUGGAGGCUUCUUAACGAGAGCGACAAACGACCCUUCAUCGAGGAGGCAGAGAGGCUGCGGAAGCAGCACAAGAAGGACUAUCCCGACUACAAAUACCAGCCACGACGCCGAAAGAGCGGAAAGCCUGGUUCUGGGUCAGGAAGUGAGGCCGAUGGCCAUUCGGAGGGUGAGGUCAGCCACAGCCAGCCCCAAUACAAGGGCCUCCAACUGGAUGUGGCCCUCAGUGGGGGAGCCGGGUCACCUCUGGCAGAUGGGCACCACCCUCUUGCUGCAGGUCAGAGUCACAGUCCUCCCACACCUCCUACCACUCCUAAGACCGAGCCUCAGUCUGGGAAGGCAGGGGAGGGAAAGCGGGAGGGUGUUGGGAACGGGGGCUCCCGUGGCGGAAUGGGAGCAGAGGGAGGCUCAGGUGCUCCGGGAUCUGGCAAACCUCACAUUGACUUUGGUAAUGUGGACAUUGGUGAGAUGAGCCACGAAGUGAUGGCCAACAUGGAGUCUUUUGAUGUCAAUGAGUUUGACCAGUACCUCCCACCCAAUGGACACCCCGGGGUUGGGCAGAGUGCUGGAGCAGGAGCAGCUGCGACUUCUCCUGUCUCUCCGUACACCUACGGUAUCUCCUCAGCUCUGGCAGCAGCCAGUGGACACUCUGCAGCCUGGCUCUCCAAGCAGCAGCAGCAGCAGCCGCUGCAACAUCACGGCCCCUCUCUGGGCUCUGAUCCCUCUAAGGCCCAGAUCAAAAGUGAGGCCGGAGGUGCUGGGGGUCACUUCACAGAGGGAGCCUCUGUAGGUUCCCAUGUCACCUACACCUCCCUCAGUCUCCCUCACUACAGCUCUGCCUUCCCCUCACUGGCCUCCAGGGCUCAGUUUGCUGAAUAUGCUGACCACCAGGCCUCAGGGUCAUACUACGCCCACUCCAGCCAGGCCUCGGGGCUGUACUCUGCCUUCUCUUACAUGGGGCCCUCCCAGAGGCCCCUGUACACUGCCAUCACUGACCCAGCCAGCGUACCGCAGUCACACAGCCCCACGCACUGGGAACAACCCAUCUACACCACACUGUCGCGGCCAUGACAGACAACCAGACCAGAGGGCGCUAGUGCAGGUUCAGCCCCCAUGUCAGACCCGAGGAA